CGAAUUCGAGACACUCUUCUGCUUUGUAUCAAUUUUUCUUCACCACUUUUUAUUCACUUCACUUAUAGAUUCAUAUGUUGAAACGGGUACCUGAGUUUCUCUCGAGUUCGAUUGAGUAGGACAUAAAGUUUGAAUUUGUAUGCGAUUAGCACCUUGUUUGAGAAACCCUCACGGUUUUAUCCAAUUGAAUAUUGAUUUACUGUAAACUGGGGUUUGAUUUUUUUUGGGGCUCGUUGAUUUCGAUUUGCCCCUAAAGCCCAAGAGGCUGGGCCAUUCCUCUGGGCCCAGAAGGUAUAGCAAUCUAAAAAGAGUGAUUAAGGGAUCAAAGCAAAACGAGGGAAAGUAGGAAGAUGGGAGGUUUAGGGAGGAAAGGGACAGUGACACCACUUGAGUCACAGUUCCCCCCUGAGGAGGUGCACAAGGCCACUAAGCAAUUCCAAGACGCCAUUGCCGAAAAGAACAACGAGCUUCACGUCCUACAACGUUUUGUCGCCGACAACAACAACCUUGUCAACCUCGUCCAGAAACUCCCCGAACAACUCUCUCAUGAUGUCAUGGUUCCAUUUGGGAAAGCAGCGUUCUUCCCUGGUCGUUUGAUUCAUACCAACGAGUUCAUGGUUCUUUUGGGAGAAGGGUAUUAUGCAGACAGAACUUCCAAACAAACUGUUGAUAUUUUGCAACGAAGAGGGGAAUCCUUGAAUUCACAGGUUGAUUCACUUCAGGCCAUGAUCAACAACCUUUCCUCCUUUGUCAAUGUCACAGAUUCUGAAGUAGCGGGGGGUCUUGUUGAAAUAAGAGAAGAAUAUCUGGAGGGCGACUCUGAAGAAGAGGAAUCUGAAUCAGAUUCAGCUAUUGAAGAUGUUCCUAGUGUUGGGAAUGAUACAUCCAAAGAAGUGGACUAUGCUUCAUUUUUGGCUUUAAUGGAUGAACUUGAGAAAAAAGAAGCGCUUGCUGAAAAAAAUGGCGAUGACAGUGAUCAAAGUGAGAAAACUACUGAUGGUUUUGAUGAUAGUCCAUAUCAGAGACCUGUCGAUAACAAUCCCCAAAAUAUAGAAGGUAGUAAUGAAGCCAUACCACUGGACCAGAGAAGCAAUAGAAAUGUAACAAGUGAGUUUCCAAAAAAGCAUAAUCAUCAAGAAUAUAUAGCUGAUCAGUUGAAUUUUGCGAACCUGGCUGUUCAACCUCAGGUAAAAGAAGGGAAAACUUUAGCACAAAAUGUGAAAUCCAUUGAUCGUAGUGCGAAGCCGCCCAUAGUUCCUAAAGAGAAGAUAUCUCAAGCAACUUUGGCAUCGAAAAUUGAGGUUCAACAUCAAACUUCACAGCCAUCAUUUGAUAGUCUCAAGGCUUUUACAGGCUCCAUCAUAGAGCAUGGCGAGAAUUUAGAAAAAGCUUCAAGAGAACAAAGUUCAACUUCACAGGUUUCCGGUUCUCAACCUUUAAAACCAGUCUCCAGAUUCAAAAUGCAGAGGAAAUAGAUACAAUGAUAUGAGUAGAUUUUUUGGAGUUCUAGGAUGUGCUUGUUAUUAGAAUCAAAAGUGGACAAAGUGAAGGUGGGAUAAGCCGUUAUGAAUAGUUUAAGUUCUUGUGCUCUCCUUGUAUGAUGAAGAAUCCAAAGAAAAGAAGGCAUAAUUUGUAGCGUCCAUUAAACAAAUUUUACAAGUUUUCGAGUUUUUGUAGGGGAUUGAAUUGGAAUGAAAAUGAAGUGGAUUUAGUUUUUUUUUUU